UAUUUGAGACCCCAAAAACCAAAUCAAACUAAUAAAAAAAAAACACGUACAAAUUCCAGAGAGAGAGAGAGAGAGAGAGAGAGAGGGACUUGCAGUCGAGACUCGGAGGGAGAGAGAGGGCUGAAUCGGCUCAUUAACCCCAGAUCAGCCGAUAAGCCGAUAAUGGCGGGGAAAUCGGGAAACGAGGCUGGCAGUAGCAGCGCUGCGGGUCAGGGUGGCAGAAGCAGCAAUAGAAGGGAGAGCGUGGUGGUUGAUGUACGCAAGCAUCGGAGCUCCUGCGGCUACUGUAAAUCCGGUGGUCGCACUAGCAUUUCUCACGGUUUAUGGGCGCACAGCCUUACAGUUUAUGACUACCAAGAUCUACUUGACAGAGGUUGGAGAAGAUCUGGCUCUUUCCUUUACAAACCAGAUAUGGAAAAGACAUGCUGCCCAUCUUAUACCAUCCGUUUGAAGGCAGGUGAUUUUGUUCCUUCUAAGGAGCAGCUUCGAGUGUCUAGACGAAUGCAAAGGUUUCUGGAUGGCACACUGGAUGUUAAAAAACUAGACAAUCAUGACAUUUCAAGCUCUGCAGUGGGAAAGUCACUGGCAUAUAACCAUGAAGAGAACAGCAAAGAAGAACAAUUUAUGUGUCAGUUAUCAGAAGAACUUGAUAAUGUGGUUGGUACAUGCACUAGAAAUGGGGAAUUCCCUCACCAUAUUCAAUUACCGAAAGCUUCUGUGAAAAAAGUUUUGCAAGCCAAAAGGAAGCUACUGGCUGAGGGAUCUGAAGAACUCUUGUACUCCAGCAACAUAUCAUUUCAGAUAGCAGCCACUUUAAAGCAGGCACAAUCAGCUAGAAAGGAUGUCAGCCAGUCAAGUUUUUCAAGACACAGCUCUGAAGAAAAUGGGUUAUCUCCAAAACUCUCUCCAGAUAUUAUUGCAGAAAAGCUGGCAAGUUCUUCAAGUCAACUGGAAGAAAGCUUUGGUCUGUCUAUCAGAGCUUGCAAGGGCCACAUUAAUUUUUAUUCUGCCUCAAAGCAAGCUUCUUUGGACAUAGGGCUUCAAAGAGCUACUGUCCCUGAAGCGACCUUGACAGAAUGUGAGAAUAAGGGCGCUUGUCUGAAGAAAAGCCCUGAAACACCUGAACAUCCCAGGGUUAAAAGACAGAAGCUUGAGAUCCGUUUAAAAAGGUCCAGUUUUGAUCCGAAAGAAUAUGCCUUGUAUAGAAGAUACCAAAUUAAUGUGCAUAAUGAUACACCAAAUCAGGUCACUGAAAGCUCAUAUAAGAGAUUUUUGGUCGACACUCCCUUAAUAUAUGUUCCAUCUAUUGGUGAUGGUACUGUUCCGCUUUGUGGCUUUGGUUCUUUCCAUCAGCAAUAUUGGAUUGACGGUCAGUUAGUUGCUGUUGGUGUGAUAGAUAUUUUACCCAAAUGUUUGUCAAGCAAAUAUCUAUUCUGGGACCCAGACUUUGCCUUCUUAUCACUAGGCAAAUAUUCAGCCAUCCAAGAAAUAGGUUGGAUAAAAGAGAAUCAAGCCUUUUGUCCUAGCCUUCAAUAUUAUUAUCUUGGCUACUACAUCCACUCCUGCAGCAAGAUGAGAUAUAAAGCAGCAUAUCGCCCAUCCGAGCUUCUUUGUCCCUUGCGCUACCAGUGGGUACCAUAUGAUAUUGCAAAGCCUUUGCUUGAUGCAAGGCCACAUGUUGUCUUAUCAGAUUUUUCCACUUCACAACAUGGAGAGUCCUUGUUGCCUAUUCCAGAUGAUCUGAUGGAACAGCAACAUGAUGACCUUGGCCGUGAAGGGGACUCGAACGAUAUUAUGGAUGAAGAUGAAGAAGAAGAAAUAGACGAUCUUGAUUCUGAAAACUCUGAUGGGGAAAUGGAAGGUGAUGAUUUUAAUAAUGUUUUGAUUGGACUGCAGGAGUCUCGUCUGAGAUACAAGGUAUGCAGAAUUGCAAACUAUUUAUUUGGUUGUACUUGGCCAAGCCAAAAAAGAAAAAAAAAAUCUUCAAUGUGGCCAAAAUGGAAGCAGAAACAACGCGAACCGAUGUGUUUGACAUGGUCAAUGUAUCUGGUGGAUGACUCCAAAUAUUUCCUUCAUUCUUAUCUGGACUAUGCUAUUAUAUAGCUAGUUAGGAAGUACGUGCUCAGAGUCCAUGUUGCAGAUGUGGUGACCAAAAGAGAGUGAUAAAACAAAACAGAAUCAGUGCGACUUGCUUGUCUUUUGAUUUUUCCCCUGUGGUUCUGAUCUUCCCCUUUCUUCUCUCUUUUUUCUUUUUUCUCCUAUCCCCAGUCUCCCCAUUAUGCUUCAUCCCCAAAUGUUGAAUAACUUGAUCAUCCUGGCCUCUGGAGGAUGUCUCCUGACGAGGGUGGUUGUGUUUUACAACAAAAAUAAUCUCCCUUAAUAAUAAGACAUGAAGUUGAAGGAAUUUCUAUUUAGUUCAACAUUUUUCUUUUUCAUAUAGAUUGCAUGAAAUGUAAUUAUUGGUUUCUUUUCUUGUUGAAGGAUUUAAGACACGCCUUCACUCCCGCCCAUAGGAGUUGCCUGCAUAGAUAUGCGAAGGCAGUGGGCGCAGAGCUUUCAGAGCGAAUGGUUUAUUCACUUGACUAGAGUACUGGAUAAGACGGUAGUGUGAUUCUCUUUCCAGCUUUGAAACAGAAGGGGAUGUUCCAUAGUGGAGGUUGAAUUUGUUGCCUGCAUGUAGCGUAGGGGCCUAAAGGAGUGCUGUUCUGGAGUUUGUUUCUUUGGAUUGGGGAUAGUUUUUUAAUUGAUGCAUGUUCAAUGAACCCUGGAUUCCAAUUUUUAUGUAUUUCUUGUGCUCGAUCAGUUUCCUUAAUUCGUGAAUUGAAUGGAACUGGAUUUUGAAA